CUCUCCUCCCUUCCUUACCCACAAAAGUUAUCGCCCUCCCCUCCAAGGUCCUUCCUCCGCCCUUCUAACCAGAUCGCCUCGGCCGCCGCUUCCGCUGCCGCCGCCCCCGGAGCAAUGUUGUUCUUCCUCUUUCUUCUCCUUCUAUCCGCCGCCUCCUCCGCCUCCGCCAAACUCUCGCUCGAUUACUACAACGCGUCCUGCCCCCGCGUCCACCAGAUCAUCUCCGACAUCAUCACUACCAAACAGAUCAACAGCCCCACCACCGGAGCUGGUGUGCUCCGCCUCUUCUUCCAUGACUGUUUCGUCUCCGGCUGCGAUGCCUCCGUCCUCAUCUCCACCAACAACUUCAACGUAGCUGAGCGCGACGCCGACAUCAACCACUCUCUUCCCGGCGACGCAUUCGACGCCAUCGUCCGCGCCAAAGCAUCCCUCGAGCUCCAAUGCCCUGGCAUCGUCUCAUGCGCCGAUAUCCUCGCGAUUGCUACCCGAGAUCUCGUAUCCAUGCUUGGCGGCCCGUUUUAUCCCAUCCGUCUGGGCCGCAAGGACUCCUUCACUUCCAGCGCCGCGUACGUUGAGUCCAAUCUCGCUCGCGCGAACGCAUCUAUUGAUAAAAUCAUUGAUCUAUUCGCAGCCAAGGGUUUCACCGUCCGCGAUUUCGUCGCUCUCUCCGGCGCGCACACGGUGGGAUUCUCACAUUGUAGUGAAUAUGCCGACCGGAUAUUCCAUUUCAAUAAUGGUGGCCCAUUUGCUUAUGAUCCGACCAUGAAUCCUCGAUUCGCACAAGCUUUGCAGAAGGCAUGUGCUAAUUACCUCAAGGAUCCCACCAUCGCGACAUUCAACGACAUCAUGACGCCGGGUAAGUUUGAUAACCUGUAUUACCAGAAUCUGCUGAAGGGAUUGGGGCUGCUCGCCACCGAUCAGAAGAUCGCGGCGGAUCCGCGGACGGCGCCUUUGGUGAAACUAUAUGCUGAAAACCAGUCCGCGUUCUUUGAGGACUUCGUUCAUUCGAUGCAGAAGCUCAGCAUCUAUGGUGUCAAAACUGGAAGGAACGGUGAGGUUCGCCGGAGGUGCGAUGCCUUCAAUAACCUCUCAGGUUAGGCAAUCUUGCCUCUUGCGAUAGAUUGGGUUACAGAAGAGGGAGAAAAUAUGGAUGGAUUCUAAAUCGAUGAAUUUGGGCGUACUGUGUUUCAAACUUUGUGUUGUCUAAUUAUGUUUUAAUUUGUUAUGCUUUUUUUGUUGUAAUUCGUUACCGGUUUUCUGAAUGGGAGGGGAGAAUCAGGAGAUAGAGACAGAUAAAGUGAAAAGAAAUAAAGAAAAAAAAAUUAUUGAGAAAGGAAGAUGGAAUGAAGCUAAUGCUUUUUCCCCAAUUUCCAUUACAAUUAAUAAGCUUUAUGCCCCAUUUUAUUUUCUAUUUGUCCAUAAAUUCAAUGGUGAGAAGGAGAAGUAAUGAGAAUUCAACUGUUAUAGAUUGAAGAUU